UCUAUUUCGAAGAUGUAAAGGAGUCAACAUUCUGGCACUUCCUCUUGGCCGGCAGGACGAGGUUGACAAAGUCGGCCAGACAAGCGCCACCAACGAGCGGGACCGACAGAGCGACUCCUUCCGACUUCCGGAGGAAGCGGAACGUUACCGGAAAUCGAGGGGAGGGUCAAAGGCGACCCGGUCUCCGAGGCUCAUGGCGAUGCUGGUCCUACUACCCGGAAGAGUUACGCGGCCUCUGGGUGGCCAAGUUUGGCGCUUCUUGCCUCGCGGACUGGAGUUUUGGGGCCCAGCCGAGGGGACUGCGAGAGUCUUGCUGAGGCAGUUCUGCGCGCGGCAAGCGGAGGCGUGGCGUGCCUCGGGGCGCCCUGGCUAUUGCCUGGGAACCCGGCCCCUCAGCACUGCGAGGCCGCCACCCCCGUGGUCGCAGAAGGGCCCCGGAGACUCCACGCGCCCCUCGAAGCCCGGGCCUGUUUCCUGGAAGUCUUUAGCAAUCACAUUUGCUAUUGGAGGAGCUUUACUGGCUGGAAUGAAGCACGUCAAGAAAGAAAAGGCAGAGAAGUUAGAGAAGGAACGGCAGCGACACAUCGGCAAGCCUUUACUUGGGGGACCGUUUUCCCUCACAACUCAUACUGGGGAGCGUAAAACUGACAAGGACUACUUGGGUCAGUGGUUAUUGAUUUAUUUUGGCUUCACUCAUUGCCCUGAUGUCUGUCCAGAAGAACUAGAAAAGAUGAUUCAAGUCGUGGAUGAAAUAGAUAGCAUUACAACUCUGCCAGAUCUAACUCCACUUUUCAUCAGCAUUGACCCAGAGAGGGACACAAAAGAAGCCAUCGCAAAUUAUGUGAAAGAAUUUUCUCCCAAACUGGUUGGCUUGACUGGCACGAGAGAAGAGGUCGAUCAAGUGGCCAGAGCAUACAGAGUGUAUUACAGCCCCGGCCCCAAGGACGAAGAUGAAGACUACAUAGUGGAUCACACAAUAAUAAUGUACUUGAUUGGACCAGAUGUGUCAAGUUUAAAGGCUUGAAGUCAGAAUGUUAGAAGUGGGGAAGGGGACCUUAGAGGUGACGUCUUCCAGAUGUUCCUGUUUAUGCACAAGGGGAAAAUCUCGGAGAAUUAAGGCGCAAAACUCGGGUCCCAAUUUCUAGGUAGGUUCCUGUUUGUUCUGCUGCUAUCGUGCGCUUAUGGUGACUGUGUGAAUCCAACCAAAACGGAGGUUCCGUAUGCCAGUGGGGCAACCUUUUUCAGCUGCAAAUCUUGGGAAAUCAAAAGCAAGGCUGUUUUUUUUUUUUCUUUUCUUUUUUGAGACAGAGUUUCACUCUUGUUGCCCAGGCUGGAGUGCAAUGGCACAAUCUCAGCUCACUGCAACCUCCACCUCCCAGGUUCAAGCAAUUCUCCUGCCUCAGCCUCCCAAGUAGCUGGGAUUACAGGCAUGUGCCACCACGCCCGGCUAAUUUUGUAUUUUUAGUAGAGACUGGGUUUCUCUAUGUUGGUAGACUGGUCUCAAACUCCCGACCUCAGGUGAUCCGCCGCCUCGGCCUCCCAAAGUGCUGGGAUUACAGGUGUGAGCCACCACGCCCGGCCUCAAGGCUGUGUUUCAGUGAAAUAUCCCUUGCAAAUCUUUACCUGGGUGGGUUACAGUGUUUUCACUAGACUCUUCAAUAGAAUUAAUAUUUUAAGAAAUGCCACUUGUUUAUUUGAAAAGUACAAGAAUCCUAUCAAUGCAGUAGGCAUGAAUGUACUUCAUGUGUCUGGCUGUUCAUGAAGCAGCUGAUAUCUUAAGUGUAAGAGGUGAGAUUUACUGACUACCAGUGAAAUAUGCGAGUUGGGAGGCUAAUGAUUUUAAAUUGUAAAUGCAUCUGCAUAAGAUCCUUUAAAAUAGCUUUUAUUGUUCUUAAAUUUAUGUUUAAAAGAAAUUAACAUUAAUAUUUUCAAAUCAUCCAUAAUCUCCCAAACCUUUUUUGGUUUUCUGUUUAGUACCAUUUAAAUCUUUGUGUAUGUGUAUAUGAGCUACCUUUAAAAGAGCAGUCCACCCAUGCGAGCAUUUGUUACCCAAUUAGUUUGUACUUUUUUUUGGUUUUUAUUUUGUUGUUGUUGUUUGUUUCUUUUUGAGAUGGAGUCUCGCUCUUCUUACCCAGGCUGGAAUGCAAUAAUGGCAUAAUCUCGGCUCACUGCAACCUCCGCCUCCCAGGUUCAAGCGAUUCUCCAGCCUGAGUCUCCCAAGUAGCUGGGAUUACAGGCGCCCACCACCACACCCAGCUAAAUUUUUGUAUUUUUAGUAGAGACGGGUUUCUCCAUGUUGGUCAGGCUGGUCUUGAACUCUCAACCUCAAGUGAUCCGCCCGCCUUGGCCUCCCAAAGUGCUGGGAUUACAGGCGUGAGCCACUGCGCCCAGCCUAGUUUGUGCUUUUUACUUACCAGUUAGGGGUUAUAUUACUGU